UUCCUUGGUUACAGAGGCCGGAAGUGUGUCUUUCAUUUACGCAUCGGCCAAACAGGACCGAUCAAGAGACCCAACACGCUUGAGGAGACAGUGCCUUCUUCGCACGGAACUGUAGACCAUUACCAACACAGAUCUUAGAGUUCUGGGUAGAGUGCGGUGUGUUAGAAUCGACCGAGGUCCUGCAAUAAACUGGCUUCGUUUGUCCGGGAAAAGUUCUCCACGUUUUGAACGCCUAGGACUUUUUUCCAGGGCCAUGGCGGAGUCGAAGCUUCUGGCACCAGAGCUAAGCGAUGCAGAGUCGAUGGGUGAUGAGACCGUGCGGUUUCAGGAGAUGCUACUGCAGGCUUCCAAAGAGCUCCAGCAAGCCCAGAUGGAAAGGUCAGAAUCUACACAGAUCCGGCCCCAGCCUGGUUUCUGCAUAAAGACCAACUCAUCGGAAGGAAAGGUUUUCAUCAACAUCUGCCACUCUCCCUCCAUCCCUCCCCCGGUGGACGUGACUGAGGACGAACUGCUUCAGAUGCUGGAGGAGGACCAAGCUGGCUUCCGAAUCCCCAUGAGCCUGGGAGAGCCACAUGCCGAGCUGGAUGCAAAAGGCCAGGGCUGUACUGCCUAUGAUGUUGCCGUCAACAGCAACUUCUACCUGAGGAUGCAGAACAGCGAUUUCUUGCGGGAGCUGGUGGUCACCAUUGCCAGAGAGGGGCUUGAGGACAAGUAUGGUUUACAGCUAAAUCCAGAAUGGCGCAUGCUGAAGUAUCGGUCUUUCCUGGGCUCCAUCUCGCAGCAGAACAUUCGCUCCCAGCAACGCCCUCGGAUCCAGGAGCUGGGGACCCUUGAAGGCCCAGAACGGCCUCACCUGAACCUUUGGUUGGAAGCCCCUGACCUCCUCUUGGCCGAAGUUGACCUCCCAAAGCUGGACGGAGCUCAAGGGCUGACCCUGGAGAUUGGAGAAAGUCACCUGGUGAUGGGAGGCUCCCAGCAACUGUACCGCCUCAAUGCCUCCAUUCCCCUGCGGAUCAACCCUGAGGCAAGCAGGGCUGCUUUCCACCACCGGAGAAAGCUGAUGGUGUUCUUGCCCCUCCUGUCAGUGUCUUGACCGGAAUCUCCUUGUAUCUCCAGAGGUGGCGAACAUGUUGGUGUCUUCUCUAAA